UUCACCUCCUGGGCCCAUUUGAUUAGGUCCUCCAGGUCCCAUUUGAUUUGGCCCAGGUCCCAUUUGGCCCAGGACCCAUAUGGGAAGGACCACGCGGACCACCCAUUUGAUUUGGCCCCAUAUGACCUGAAUUUGGAGGUCCUGACAUCUGUCCUUGCAUCAUGGGUCCUCCAGGACCCUGAGACCCUGGUGGAGGUAUUGAAAGGCGUAACCUUUGCUAGGAAAACAGUGACGCAAAAACUAGGCAACUGGGAUCUUGUCACAGAGUAUGAUCGCAAAAUAGAGGAUAUUAUUAUUGGGAAAUUGAAGCAGCAAUUUCCUGAGCAUAAAUUUAUUGGUGAAGAAUCAACGGGCAAAGAUUUACCAGAGCUAACAGACGACCCGACAUGGAUAAUUGAUCCAAUAGACGGAACAACUAAUUUCAUCCAUAACUUUCCUCAAAUCUGUGUCGUAAUUGGUCUGUCAAUUUGUAAAGAAAUGAGAAUUGGUAUUGUUUAUAAUCCAGUUCUUGAACAAUUAUUUACUGCGAGAAAAGGAAGAGGUUCUUUUUUAAAUGGACAUCCAUUAAAAACGUCUACUGUGGAUGAUAUUUCAAAAGCGCUAAUUGCGAUUGAACCGGAAUUCAUGAAAGUCGAGAGCUUGAGAGACAAAAUGAUUGAAAGAGUAAAAACACUUGCAAUUAAAACUCAAGGAAUAAGAACAAUCGGCAGCGCAGCGAUAACAUUGUGCCACAUAGCGAUGGGAGCCAUCGAAGGUUAUCAGAUAGAAGGACCAGGAAUCUCAACUUGGGACAUUGCAGCAGCUUCUUUGAUCAUCACCGAAGCUGGCGGAAUUGUUAUAGACCGAGUGACUGGGAACGAUGUGGAUAUAAUGAAUCCACGGGCUAUCGGCGCUUGCAGUAUAACAAUCGCUCGAGAUCUAAAGAAAAUGAUCAACGAUGCUGACCGUCAAUUGAUGAUAAAUUACCUGGGGUCCCAUGUUAGGAGGCAUUUGAUGCGGAUGUGGUGGAUAAUUUUGCUGCUGAGACGGCGGUUGAGGCGGUUGCGACAUAGGCGGUCCACCAGGUCCAGGUCCCGGGCCAGGAGGUGGAGGAGGACCACCAGGAUAUCCUUGAGUCGGACUGUGAGGAUGAUGUUGCGGAGGUCCCAUCGGACUUCCCUGUGGGUU